AUGGCAUCCGGGUUGCGACGUGUGCUGGAGGAUCUGUGGCUGACUCCGGUUCCAUCUUCCUCCUCGCGUGGCCGCAGACCACGCGUGCUGACUUCCUUCGAGGAUGAGUACGCUGCAGCGUACAAGCAGUCUCAGGAGGAGGAGGAAGGAGCCUUCGGCGAAGCCGAAGGGAGCCUCGACUCCGCCGCCCAGGAGUCAUCAAAGGCGAUUGAAUCCGAAGCCAAAGCAGUGGGCAAAGAGCAGUCGGGUGAAGACGAAGCUCAGAAAGUGAACGACAUCGGACAGACCGACUCGGCAAGAUGCAAGGAUGGCUGCCGCUUGAGCAACGGUAUAGGACUGUGGACCAAAUUCUGGCAUACGGAGUCGCACAGCGGCGAACGUGCAAUGACUCAAUGA